AAGGUUAAAUCCUUGCAGCUAGAUAAUGAGUUUAAGUCUAAAGAACUAGACUUAUACCUUACUAGCAAGGGUAUUCUUACUAGAUAUUCUGCUCCUUAUACUCCUGAGCAAAAUGGUGCAGCAGAGAUAAUUAAUAGAGUACUCUUUAACAAGGUUAGAGCUCUGUUAAUUACUAGUAAUCUACCUAAGCUAAUCUGGGGUGAAGCAUUACUAGCUGCUACGUACCUCUAUAAUAGAACACCUAGUAGCUCUAUAGAGUUUAAGACCCCUUACUUUAUGAAAUACAAAGUACUGCCUAAUUUAAGCAAUAUAAGAGUUUUUGGCUCUUUAGCUUACUACAAGGAACCUAGCUUGUUUACUAAGAAGCUAGAUUCUAAGGCUACACCUUUUUACUUAAUAGGCUUUGUAGGGUCUAAUAUCUAUAAACUCUAUAAUCCUAGUAGUAAUAAGAUUAUAACUGCUAGAGAUUGUAAAAUUGUAGAAGGUUAUUUCUAUAAGCCUAAUAACAACGACAAUAUUCAGAGAGUAUUUACUAGACUACAGCCUAAUAGAUCUAGUAGCUCUACGUAUAGAAUUAUAGGAAGAAAUCCUAAGGUUGUUAUUAAUAAGAAACCUCCUACUUCUAGUGUAAUAGAUAACUUGCCUAGAGCAAAAGAGCUAGAGGAUAGUUCUAAAGAUAAACUAGCUGUCUACACUUCUAUUAUUAAAGAAGACACUAGUCAAUAUAGUAUUGCCACAAGUGCUAUUAAUAAAGCUAAUAGCAAGCAAGACUAG